AUGGCACGUGGUUUUAAUAAUAUAGCAUACAUAUCAUUAUGUAUACUAAGAUUUUGGUGUGCUUCUUUGCCUGGAUAUGUUCAUCCCGAUGAAUUUUUUCAGUCCCCCGAAAUUAUGGGUGGAGAUGUUCUUGGAUAUGAAGUUUUCAGACCUUGGGAAUUCGUUCAAAGUCCCCAAUGUAGAUCGAUAGUUAUACCGUAUGAUUUAAACUUUACAAAAAAAUUGUUCAAUUGGGUUGUAUGGAUUGUUGUUAAAAAUCAUUCACAAAUAUUAUUAGAUUACACCGCAUAUACGAUAGCUCAGUUAUUUUAUCCUAAUAAUGCUUUACGGUCAUUAUUAGUAUUUGCGUCUUCCUAUGUUGUUCUUAUCUUUAAUACUCGGCCAUUUUCAAAUUCUGUUGAAUCCAUUUUAUUAGCACUUGCAUUUUGCGUUUAUGUGAAAGGAUCAACUCCAAAAUUUCCUUUACGACAACAGCAUGGAGAUUCUUCCACUGACAAAGAUGAAUUUCCUGUAAAUCUUGCGUUCCUAUUUGGUUGCAUUGUAGCUUUGGGUUCAUUUACUAGGAUCACAUUCAUUUUAUAUGCAUUUCCUAUCGGAUUGGCAUUCCUCCAUCAUAUCUUUUUAUCUGCAAGAGCCCAAGGAAAAUCUUGGUGUGUGUACAGUAAAUUCUCUGAGCUCUUACCAGCAUGUCUAGGGUUAAUUAUGACAACGGUAAUAUGUGUAUUAGCCGAUUCUUUGUACUUUGGCGCAUUAAAUAUUACAUUUAGUGGGACGCUUCUUGAUAAAGAUCAUAUAUUUGAAUUAUUGCGUAAUCCAAUGAAGUUCGUAGAGAUUGGAUGGCAUGGUAAUUUGAUCAUCACUCCAUUGAAUAAUUUUGCAUAUAACUUGGAUUCAAAUAAUUUAUCUCAACAUGGACUUCAUCCUAGAUAUUUACAUAUUUAUAAUUUUGUAUUAUUAUUUGGACCACUUACAUUAUUAACCAUGAAGGAUCUUCAGUUCAGUGUAAAUUUUAUGAGAUUGUUAUCUAAAAGAACAUAUAAAACUGUGAUCGUCUAUAGUGGAUUGUGUGGAUUUAUGUUUUUAUCAUUAAUCCCACAUCAAGAAGCAAGAUUCUUAUUACCACUUUUACUUCCCGUUAUAAUUGUACCAUCAGAUAGGAUUCAUAAGCUUAAUAUGUCAUUUUGGACUAUUUGGGCCGUAUUUAAUCUGGUAUUUGUUGCAAUAUUUGGAGGAUUGCACCAAGCGGGAAUCGUUCCCAUAAUGCAAAAAUUACAAAAUCAAGCAUUAAGAUUUAAAAAAUGUGAAGAACUUUCUGGAUAUUUUCAAUGUGAAUUAGGAAAGAAAUUCUUUAUACCAGUAAGCGAUCCAACUGAAACUCUUACUACCAAUAUAAUAUUUUACAAGACAUACAUGCCACCACGUCAUUUACUUGGUUAUCCCAAAGCAUGGAGAGGAACAAAUGUUCAAGUUAACGUUUAUGAUCUGGCCGGUUCUCCAUUGAGUGACCUUGAAAAUCUAAUAACAAAACAAGUACCAUCUAAAAGUUCCUUGACUGAAAAUUUAUGGAGAGAACAAAUCAUUUUUCAACAGAACAAAAAUUCCAACAACUCGAGAAUAUUUGAAAGGACAUUAUUAGUAACGCCAUCCACGACAGACUUUUCACCAUUCUUUAUCGGAACUUAUAAUGAAUUAACAUCAAUCGGAUAUGACGAUAAUAAUGGCAAAAAAAGAAUGAAAUUAAAAUUAAUUGAACAGCAUUGGCCUCAUGUUAAUUUUGAUCAUCUUGAUAGAAUAUUUGCGAAGGGAAUGUAUUUAAAUGUUUAUUUACUUGUCAGUUUUUCAGAUUAG